AUGAAGCUGUCCAACAUACUCCAGUUGCCCGCCCUGCUGGUAGCGACUGUGCUCGCUCCCGUUCCCAUUGCGGCCGAGCACACCAGCAACUGGGCCGUUCUCGUUUGCACCUCGCGCUUUUGGUUCAAUUACCGACAUCUUGCCAAUGUACUCUCGAUAUACCGAACGGUGAAGCGACUGGGCAUUCCCGACUCCCAAAUUAUCCUCAUGUUGCCGGACGACAUGGCUUGCAACCCCCGGAAUGCAUUCCCCGGUACAGUCUACUCCAAUGCCGACCGGGCUGUCGAUUUGUACGGAGACAACAUCGAGGUGGAUUAUAGGGGAUACGAGGUCACAGUCGAGAAUUUCAUCCGCUUAUUGACAGAUCGCGUGGGCGAGGAGACGCCUAGAAGCAAACGGCUCUUGACAGACGACAGGAGCAACAUCCUCGUGUACAUGACGGGGCAUGGUGGUAAUGAGUUUUUAAAGUUCCAAGACGCAGAGGAGAUCGGCGCCUUUGAUUUGGCGGAUGCUUUUGAGCAGAUGUGGGAGAAGAAGAGAUACCACGAGAUCCUCUUCAUGAUCGAUACCUGCCAAGCAAACACCAUGUACAGCAAGCUGUACUCACCCAACAUCAUCGCCACCGGAUCUUCGGAACUUGACCAAUCCUCCUACUCACAUCAUGCCGAUAAUGACGUCGGCGUCGCCGUCAUCGACAGAUACACAUACUACAAUCUCGAGUUCCUCGAGAGCCAAGUCCAAGACUUGAGCAGCAAGAAGACCGUCGGCGACCUCUUCGACAGUUACACCUACGAGAAGAUCCACUCCAACGCCGGCGUGCGGUACGAUCUAUUCCGUGGCGGAGCCGAUGCUGCGCGCAGCCGUCUCGUUACCGACUUCUUCGGCAAUGUCCAGAAUGUCGAGGUAGAUGGUAGCAAGAACACGACACUGGAGGAGGAUCUACUGUCCCUGAGCAAGCAUAUUGCUGCUCUGCGACAGAGGGCUGACGAAGCUGAGGCUGCAAAGAAUAUUACUUCAGUGCCAAAGGCGGCACUCAAGGUCCAGAACAAGAUCCAAUUCGCUAAGCCAUUGACUGAGGAGAAUUGGUGGCUGAAGAAGGUCGUCGGGGCGCUGGUUCUGGGAGGAUGUGCAUCGUUAUGGGCUUUCAGCUCGUCCCUUGAAGGCUCACGAAAGCCGAAGGCGCUUGCUAGUGAAGGGGAAAAGCCGAAAGAGGUGUCACAAUAG